UCCGCAGAGUCUCUCCUCUCAAACCACCUCAGACUUCCUCUUCCACCAUGUCUACCAGAGCCAUGAAGACCACCACCUUCUCCAAUGUAUCCUCCUCCAGGGGCCCGUCCCAGGGCUUCAGCAGCCGCUCCUGCUCCGGCUACGGUGGACAGAGUGGUGGCAGGCCGAGCUACGCUGUCCGCAGCUCCUACGGGGGAUUGGGCAGCAGUGGCACUUCUGUGGGCACCGGGGGGUUUAAAUUGGCCAGUGGGUAUAUUGGCGGGGGGUCUGGACAAAGAGGAGGUGGGGUAGAGUUUGGCUACGGGGGCUAUGGGGGCUUUGGUGGCGGAAUGGGUGGCAUGGCCAAUGAAGGGAUGAAUCCCAUCACUGCGGUGACGGUGAACAAGAGCCUGCUGGCUCCCCUGAACCUGGAGAUUGACCCCACCAUCCAGAUGGUCCGCACACAGGAGAAGGAGCAGAUCAAGACCCUCAACAACCGCUUUGCUUCCUUCAUUGACAAGGUACGUUUCCUAGAACAGCAGAACAAAAUGCUGGAGACCAAGUGGAAACUUGUGCAGGAGCAGACCACGUCUCGCUCAAACGUCGACGCCAUGUUCGAAGCCUACAUUGCCAACAUGCGUAAGCAGCUAGACAACUUGGGACACGAAAAAGUCAAACUCGAGUCCGACAUGCAUCAUAUGACGGGCCUGGUGGAGGACUUCAAAAACAAGUUUGAGGAUGAGAUCAACAAGCGCAACGAGUGUGAGAACAACUUUGUCCUACUGAAGAAGGACAGUGAUGCAGCCUACAUGAUAAAAGUGGAACUGGAAUCCAAACUGGAUGGGCUCUCUGAUGAGAUUGAGUUCCUGAGGCAGAUUUAUGAUACAGAAAUCCAUGAGUUGCAGAGCCAGAUCAAGGACACAUCAGUUGUGGUGGAGAUGGACAACAGCCGUAACCUUGACAUGGACGCCAUCGUUGCAGAAGUGCGCGCCCAGUAUGAAGACAUCGCCAACCGCAGCAGAGCCGAGGCUGAGUCCUGGUACCAGACCAAGUAUGCAGAGAUGCAGCAGUCAGCAGGUCAAUAUGGUGAUGAUCUGAAAUCAACCAAAGCUGAGAUCUCUGACAUGAACCGCAGGAUAAUGAGGCUGCAGUCUGAAAUUGAAAUGGUUAAAUCACAGCGAAACAAUUUAGAAGCACAGAUUGCAGAGGCUGAGGAGCGCGGUGAGCUGGCAGUUAAGGACGCUAAACUCCGCAUCAGAGACCUGGAAGAAGCGCUCCAGAGAGCCAAGCAGGACAUGACCCUUCAAGUCCGCCAGUACCAGGAACUGAUGAAUGUCAAGCUGGCUCUGGACAUAGAGAUUGCCACCUACAGGAAGCUGCUGGAAGGAGAGGAGUACAGGUUGGCAACUGGAAUCAAGACCAAUAUAUCCAAGCAUACUUCUGUGAACUACAACGCCUUCGGCCUGGAGAGCUCCCGAACUCCUUCCUACGUCAGCUGCUCCUUCGAUGGAGUCAAGCCCAGCAGUGGUUCAGUCGAUGCCCUCGAUGGAGCAACAGUGAAGAGCACCACAGUCACUAAGACAGAAACCAUGGUGGUCAAGACUGAGGGAAAGAAGGAGGAGGAGAAGGAGGAAGAAGAGAAGCAGCAAGUGGCAAGCGAGGAGCCAGCCGCCGUAGAGAGCAAGGAGGAGGUGGAGCGGGUGGAGGCUGAAGCUGUGGCUGAGUGACCCAGACACUUACCUUAUCAUUCAGUUCUUUACUGAUGUGCCUUCUUCAAAUAAUGUUUCUUCUGGAUGCCAGAAUCCUUAAUAUCCUCAAUGAAGAGAUGACAUUGGAUGAGUCUCUGUGCACGUUUAUGUAAAAUUCUUUACGGUCAACUUUCUCAGUCAGUUUCUGUCGUGGUGCACUAGUUCAGAGAACACUGCACCACCCUUGUUUAGCCAGCAAGGGACACUAUUGUAUCUGCUUUGCUCUGCUGCAAAAAAAGCUUCAUCACGACUUCUGGUUGUCAAAACACAUUGUUUGGUGCACGUAGUGCUGUUGGUUACACCUGGAGUCCUGUUUGAUCCACAAUAAAUCUUCU